AUGAGUAGAAGGUGGAUACAGAACCCGAAUAGAUGCGCAGACGAAUACUUGGAUGGAAUCGAGGAUUUUAUUGAGUUUGCACGUAGACACAACCCGGGUGCAACUAGAAUCUGUUGUCCUUGUAGAAGGUGUAAUAACACAUUGUGGGAGACAAUUGAAAAUGUUGGCUUUCAUUUAGUAAGGAAUGGAAUGAUUGAGACAUAUAUCAUUUGGAACCUUCACGGGGAACAAUUAGACAAUGCUUCAUCUUCAAAUGCCACAAGGGUAGACAAUAUUGAACCUAUUGUGGAUCCUAAUGAACAAGUCAUGGAUAUUAUAAAUGAUGCUUUUCCAUUUGCAUUGACCAACAUCAAUCAGGAAGGGGAAGAUGACGUGCCUACCCCAAUGGACAGUGCAGAGUUCGAACAAUAUGAACAACUGUUAAAAAGUGCCAACCAAGAGUUAUACCCAGGGUGCGAGAGCUUUUCCGUUCUUAUGGCCACUGUGGAGCUAAUGCACGGAAAAAUAAAGUAUCGUAUGUCGAACCUGUGUUUCGAUUACUUUUUGGGUGUUUUCAAAAGAAUGCGCAAAAGGUGUUGA